GGAAGUGUUGAUCACGUGACCCACCUCUGUUGUAAAUAUUUUUCUCCUGAGAGUGAAUGAUAGCUGAUAUCGCGGUUUUAACAGCAUAAAUGUUUACACGAUCUAACAUUUCCUUACUUUAAACGGCGUGGGAUUAAUUUAACACGUCUACUCUAUUUGAAUAGUGAAGUUAAGCAGAAAAGAUGAACGUAGAUCUUCCGCAAACAGGACAGACCGGAGCAGCAGCCACAUCCAGCACAUCCACCACCACCAACAGCAGCAACUGCGUCCCGAACAGCACCUCUGCCGCGAAUGCCAGUAGCAUACCUGUGGUCGGCAGCAUUAAUGUUUCCACCUCAGCUGCCAUGGCAACCCCAUCUGACUCGACCGUGUCAAACGGCGUGUAUGUGCCCACAGGGAUCACCAAUGGUGAUGUAAAGCCUGUUAUCUCAACGACACCACUGGCUGAUUUCCUGAUGCAGUUGGAGGACUACACUCCCACAAUCCCAGAUGCAGUUACAGGAUACUACCUCAAUCGAGCUGGUUUUGAAGCAUCAGAUCCAAGAAUAAUCCGUCUCAUCUCCCUGGCAUCUCAGAAGUUCAUCUCAGACAUUGCAAAUGAUGCACUGCAGCACUGCAAAAUGAAGGGCACAGCCUCUGGAAGCUCCAGAAACAAGGCCAAGGACAAGAAGUACACACUGACAAUGGAAGAUCUGACUCCAGCACUGUCAGAAUAUGGCAUAAAUGUUAAGAAACCUCACUACUUCAUUUGAGGAGAUGUGCUUCACUAAAAUGGACUGCUGGAAUUGUGUUUGUCACAUCAAAGCUCUGAAGAAAUUGUCCUGUAGCGUGGGAAGAUCAGCACACUAGGCAAGAAGUGGAACCUUUAGGGAUAUAGCAGAUUUUUUCUAUUUUCUUUAAAGGGAUAGUUCACCCAAAAAUGAAAAUUCUCUCAUCAUUUACUCACCCUCAUGCCAUCCCAGAUGUGUAUGAUUUUCUAUCUUCAGCUGAAUACCAACAAAGGUUUUUAGAAGAAUAUCUCAGCUCUGUUUAUCCAUGCAAUGCAAGUGAAUGGUGGCCAGAACAUUGAAGCUCUAAAAGAACAUAAAGGCAUCAUAAAAGUAACCGUUAGACUCCAGUGGUUAAAUCCAUGUCUUCAGAAGCGAUAUGAUAGGUGUGGGUGAGAAACAGAACAAUAUUUAUGUCCUUUUUUACUAUAAAUUCUCCUCCCUGCCCAGGAGGUUGUGAUAUGCACAAAGAAUGGAAAUUGCCUAAAACAAAAGAAGAAUGUGAAAGUGGAGUAAAAAAUAAAUAAAAAAGGAAUUAAAUAUUGAUCUGUUUUUCACCCACGCCUAUCAUAUCACUUCAGAAGUUAGAGAUUUAACCACUGGAGUCGUUAGGAUUAAUUUUAUGCGGCAUUAUGCUGCAUUUAUGUACUUUUUGGAGUGUCAGAGUUCUGGUCACCAUUCACUUGCAUAAAAUGGAUCUACAGAGCUGAGAUAUUCUUCUAAAAAUCUUUGCGUUCUGCAGAAGAAAAAAAGUCACACAUCUGGGAUGCAUGAGUGUGAGUAAAUCAGGAGAUAAUUUUCAUUUUUAGUCAAACUAUUCCUUUAAGCAUAUUUGAGUUCUUUGAUUAUUUCACAUCAUAUGUGACUUUUGUUGACAUCAGUAACAUUCUCUAUAAAUAAAUUCCUUGAGUUAUGUUUGUUUUAAGUUAGUAUAAAGUAUACAAUUAUUGAACUCUGGGGGGGGGUUUGGUAGCAUCAAUACAUACUGUACAAAUUUGCAAAAACACACCUCACUCUCUUCUCUUCUUUAUGGAUAUAGUUUCACACCAUAUGAGGCUUGAGUUGUAAGGUGUUGCAGUAUUAAUAGAAUCUGGAGCUGCUCUCAAAUUUCCCUCUCUAGAAUAGUAUUAUACAGUAUGCAGUACAGCCGCACUGGCAAGAGAGAGCUCAUUACUCCAUCUGGUAUAGAGCAAAGAUAAAGAGACUAGCCUUUGCUGUGUACUAUUUGCAGUUACUUUUCCACUGUAUGUGCACACAGGGAAAUAUUAUGUAGAUAUACAAACAAUGAUGGGAGCAUAAGUUAUGUAAAAUACAUUUCAUUCAUCUUUCAA